AGUACGUCAUGAGUAUUUGAAAGAUCAUCAUCAUCAUCAACAUUCAGUACAAUGGUUAAAUAUAAAAUUUACCAUUAAACCAUGGAACUAAUUUUUUGCAUUUUCGCCUCUCUUCCUUCCUACCUUCUCUGAGCAAAACCUGUCUAAGAUUAGAGAGAGAAAACGCAAACACAAAACAAAAAAACCUCCAUAACCAAAUACUAAGCAUCUGAAUCAGGAGAUAAAGAUGUGGCGCUGUGUCACCCGCCAUCUUCGUCCUCAGUCAUGGAAGACUUCUCCGAUCUCUUCUCAAUCUCCUAUUUCCAGAUUCUUUUCUGGUGGAGUAGGUGGAACGAGUUACACAGUUGUAGAUCACACUUACGAUGCGGUAGUUGUAGGAGCAGGGGGUGCGGGAUUAAGAGCGGCAAUUGGAUUAUCAGAACAUGGAUUUAAUACCGCCUGCAUUACCAAACUUUUUCCAACUCGUUCUCAUACUGUUGCUGCUCAGGGUGGAAUCAAUGCUGCCUUGGGUAAUAUGACUGAGGAUGAUUGGAGAUGGCACAUGUAUGACACCGUCAAAGGAAGUGAUUGGUUAGGUGACCAGGAUGCCAUCCAGUAUAUGUGCAGAGAGGCACCAAAAGCUGUCAUUGAGCUUGAAAAUUACGGAUUGCCAUUUUCCCGUACAGAAGAUGGAAAAAUAUAUCAACGUGCAUUUGGUGGUCAAAGCUUGAACUUUGGAAAAGGGGGCCAAGCAUAUCGCUGUGCUUGUGCUGCUGAUCGAACUGGUCAUGCUUUAUUACACACUCUUUAUGGACAAGCUAUGAGGCAUAAUACACAAUUUUUUGUGGAAUACUUUGCAUUGGACCUUAUUAUGGAUGAUGAAGGUUCUUGCCAAGGUGUGAUUGCUUUAAAUAUGGAAGACGGAACGCUGCACAGAUUCCGUGCUAAAUCAACAAUUUUGGCUACUGGGGGAUAUGGUCGAGCAUAUUUUUCUGCAACCUCUGCGCAUACAUGUACUGGAGAUGGAAAUGCAAUGGUUGCUCGUGCUGGCCUUCCGUUGGAGGAUCUUGAAUUUGUACAAUUCCACCCGACAGGUAUUUAUGGCGCUGGAUGCCUGAUCACCGAAGGAUCCCGUGGUGAAGGUGGAAUUUUGAGAAAUAGCGAGGGUGAGCGAUUCAUGGAAAGAUAUGCCCCAACAGCUAAAGAUCUUGCAUCCAGGGAUGUUGUUUCUAGAUCUAUGACAAUGGAAAUUCGAGAAGGGCGUGGUGUAGGACCUUUAAAGGAUCAUAUCUACCUUCACUUGAAUCACUUGCCUCCAGAAGUACUUAAGGAAAGACUUCCUGGUAUUUCUGAGACAGCUGCUAUUUUUGCUGGUGUUGAUGUUACAAAGGAACCCAUCCCUGUCUUACCAACUGUUCAUUAUAACAUGGGUGGAAUUCCGACAAACCACUAUGGAGAGGUUGUCACCAUAAAAGGUGAUAAUCCAGAUGCGGUGGUUCCUGGAUUGAUGGCUGCUGGGGAGGCUGCUUGUGCAUCAGUUCAUGGGGCUAAUCGGCUUGGUGCUAAUUCUCUUCUUGACAUUGUUGUUUUUGGAAGAGCUUGUGCUAACCGAGUUGCUGAGAUCAAUAAACCAGGGGAGAAGUUAAAACCUUUUGCUAAGGGUGCUGGGGAGAAUACUAUCCAUUGGUUAGACAAAAUAAGAAAUUCAAAUGGCUCUCUUUUAACUUCCCAAAUUCGGCUGAACAUGCAACGAGUAAUGCAGAAUAAUGCAGCUGUCUUCCGCACACAGAGCACAUUGGAAGAAGGUUGUCAAUUGAUUGAUAAAACUUGGGAGAGUUUUCAUGAUGUUAAAGUCAAAGAUCGCAGUUUAAUAUGGAAUUCUGAUUUGAUAGAAACCAUUGAAUUGGAAAAUUUGUUGAUUAAUGCAUGCAUCACCAUGCACUCUGCGGAGGCUAGGAAAGAGAGCAGAGGAGCUCAUGCUCGUGAAGAUUUCACGACAAGAGAUGAUGAGAAUUGGAUGAAACACACUCUAGGAUAUUGGGAGAACGAGAAGGUUAAAUUGGAUUAUCGACCAGUCCACAUGAACACAUUGGAUGAUGAAGUGGAGACUUUCCCUCCUAAAGCUCGUGUGUACUAAUUUUCCUCCAUCGCCAAAGAAAGCCCUUGCCAAACAAAUAGCUUGAAUGUCCAAUUCAUCAUCUUGUGCAGUUUGAAUCUACUGAUCUAUGAUUGAUUAUUAUAUAACAACUUGUGACACUUGUCUUUUUGGACUAUUUUGAUCAUUUAGUGCUUUAAAUACUCUGAUUUGCGUCCAUGUAAUUUUUGUACUCGCUUAUGACUAUUAGAAGCUCCCAUCUAACCACACUAGUCCUCUCCUGGUUAGUUGGUCAUUUUUCUCUUUCAUUGAAAAUUGGAAUCUGUAAGGUCUUUCAACUACUUGUAUAUCCUACAAAUUUGUUGUAUUUUAAAAUCAAUGACUAUAAAUAAAUUUAAUGUAUUACAAA